AUGUAUUGCCGUAUUACGUAUCGAACUCCAUCGGCAUUAAUACAGCAUCUAGAUGCACAUUCACAAGCAACUCCAAACAAGAGAAUUCCUGAAUAUGUUCGUAAUGUUACAGUAACAAUGAGAUUAAAGUUAAUUACAACAUCAAUGGCUAAAAUAAAUUGCAUUUGGCAUUUUAAAUUUUUGCUUUUACAAUUAGCAACAUUUAUUGAAUAUAUUCUAAAUGAAUCGAAUCCAAAUGCAUUAUUCCAUGCAUUAGGAGAUUCUUUUUCAAAAGUUUACGAUCUACGGUAUUUUGUAUUUGACCAUGGUAUUGGUGUUGGUUCAUAUGAAUUAGUGAAACGAUAUAUACAAGAUAUUCCACCAUGUAACGGUUUUGAAUCGUUGGGCUGGAAUGUUUCUUCAUCUUAA